AUGGAAAACACUGAGAGAACGCCGUUAAUCACAGAUGUUGAUGAUUUUGACAACGAAAACAAUAGAAAGUGUUUGUACCUUGGAAUUUUUUCAGUAGUCUUAUCAAUAAUUUUACUACUGUCAUUCGCGUCUUCAUCACAUAAAGAAUAUCCAAAUGACAUAACGAGAAUUCCAUACGCGUAUCAUUUGAGAUUUGAAAAUAUCUGGACUUAUAAUUAUAUUGUUGAAGGCUUACUAACAGACGUAAAUAGAAAUUCGAAGGAACAUGAAUUUAAUGAUGUGCAUACUGACGAUACGUUUUCAAAUAACGAUUCCGCUAACAACAAAAAUGAUAAAUCUGAAUUAAUAAGGCUCGCAUAUAUUAAAGUUCCCUAUUGGUCUCUUGGAAAUUUCGAUGUAUUAGAAUAUCGAUAUAAUCAAAACGGCACUGUCAACAUCGCAACUACAGUUCACACACACCUUGGUUAUUUUAUUCGAAAUGUUGACAUUACUUUCACGGCAGCAGACCAAGCAGCAAUUAUUAAUCCAAAUUCUUUGGAGGCAUGUGAUUACAGGAUCACUUGGACAUGGAUAAUGAAUG